UCUAUUCUGAAGAAAACAUCAAAGAAGAAGAUUUUAAUAGCACGUGGAAGCUUGGUUUUUGUAAUUUUACAGCAAUCAACAAAUAAGAAAAUGGGCAAGAAGACCAAAGUAGGAAAGACAAGGAAGGAUAAAUUUUACCAACUUGCUAAGGAGACUGGUUUUAGAUCCCGUGCCGCCUUUAAGUUGAUACAGUUAAAUCGCAAAUUCGGAUUUCUUCAACAGUCGCAAGUUUGCUUAGAUCUAUGUGCAGCUCCUGGUGGAUGGAUGCAAGUGGCCAAACAAAAUAUGCCAGUAUCCAGCAUUGUAAUUGGUGUUGACCUCUUCCCAAUACGACCCAUUGCAGGCUGCAUUGGUUUAGUAGAGGACAUUACAACGGAAAAGUGUCGUCAAUCAUUAACUAAGGAGUUGCAGUCGUGGAAGGCGGAUGUUGUCCUUCACGACGGUGCCCCCAACGUGGGUCGUAAUUGGCUUUAUGAUGCUUACCAGCAGAUCUGCUUAACUCUUAAUGCCCUCAAGUUGACCACUCAGUUUCUGCGCGGCGGUGGCUGGUUUGUGACUAAAGUUUUCCGCUCAAAGGACUACAACGCACUACUCUGGGUGCUCAAACAGCUCUUCAAGAAGGUACAUGCCACCAAACCAAGUGCUUCCCGCAAGGAGUCGGCCGAAAUAUUCGUGAUUUGCCAGGAAUACCUAGCACCCGACAUUAUCGACCAUCGCCUGCUCGACUGCAAAUACGUGUUCGAGGAGCUCGACCUCGAAAGCAAGAAGAAAAAUAGCCUGCUGCACCCGGAAAGGCAAAAACGCAUUAAGGCCGAGGGCUACAGUGAACAGGAAAUAUCAUUAAGAACAAAUUUAGCGGCCACAGAGUUUAUGACAGCAGAAAACGGCCUAGCUGCACUCCAAGGUGUGGGAUCCAUUCGCAUUGAUGACGAGCGUAUUGCCAAUCACAUUAAAACUACACCCGAGAUUCUAGAAUGCUGCAAGGAUCUUAAGGUUUUAGGUCGCAAGGACAUUAAGGGUAUUGUAUUGUGGUGGAAAGCUGUCAAAGAUAGUUUUUUUAAGACUGAAACGACGGUGGUCAUCGAGAAGCCAGACGCGGAGGAAACAAUACCAAAAACACUUACGCAAGCAGAAAUAGAGGACAUAGAAGAUGUUGAACUACAACAACAGAUUAGUACGUUGACAGUCGAGGAGCAAAAAGAGCUUAAGCGGAAGCGAAAGAAGACGCUUAAAGCCAAGGCAAAGCUUCACGAAAAGAUGAACCUUAAUAUGAUUAUAAAGGGAGAUGACGGGCCUGUGGAGGAAACUGUGCAUGAAAUUUUCGAUCUUAAAGUUAUUAACUCUGUUGUUGAUCUGGACAGAAUUCUCGAUGUUAACCCCGACUUCGACAUAGAAGUAGAGGGUAAAGAGCCUCCUAAGUUGCCCAAGUACAAAAAGUAUCACAAGGACGACAAUCAAAUGGAUGACGAUGGCCACUAUGAAAAUGAAAAAGAGACAGAAUUAAGUAACGAUGAAGACAGCGAUGAGAUGAUGAGUGAUGAGCGAGGUUUAGGCCUAAGCGACGAUGGCGAAGAUAUUUUUAAAGGGGGUAAAGGCAAGAAAAAAUACAAGGAGCAUCCGCUCAUAAAGUCAAGUGAUUUUCGCGACAAGGACACCAAGCGGCAACAACGUGUACAGCUUUGGUACGAGAAGAACAAUCUCCAAAACAUACAAUCGGACGACGAUGAGGAAAACUAUGAUCUGAGCAAUAUGGCCAAGGAGUAUAAUUUAAAGGGUGUCUCUGUUCUGAAUAAGAGCACCCUCAGCAUGGACACAUAUGGACAGGUGCCCUUGGGCAAGAAGGCUAAGCGCCGCGCCCGACAUGAAACUAUGACGAUGGAUAGCAGCUCAGAGUGCUCUGACUCUGAAGAAUUUUCCAAAGAUACUGUUUCUGAGGAUAUGUCCAAAGAGCCAAAAUCGAAGAAGGUACGUCUGACCGAAAAUGAGCUAGCUCUUGGUGCGUUUUUAAUUCGCGGAAAGAAAACGCAACGCGAACUUAUUGAUGCAGCCUGGAACCGUUAUGCUUUUAAUGAUGAAAAUCUGCCAGCCUGGUUCACACAAGAUGAAAAAGAACACAUGACUACGCCGCAACCAGUGCCUCAAGAGCUUACCGAAGAAUACAAACGCAAGGUCCAGGAGCUAAAUGUGCGCCCUAUAAAAAAAGUAAUGGAGGCAAAAGCAAGAAAGAAGCGCCGUUCCACAAAACGUCUGGCCAAAGCAAAAAAAAUGGCCGAAAAGAUAAUGGACAACGCUGAUGCCUCAACCCAUGAGAAGGCAAAGCAACUUAGAAAGGUAUAUAAGAAAGCGCAAGAAAAGAAAAAAGAGAUUACAUAUGUAGUCGCUAAAAAGCACACUGCGUCUCGUCGGGCCUCUCGCCCAGCUGGCGUGAAAGGUCGUUAUCGCGUCGUAGAUCCUCGAGAGAAGAAGGAUAAACGCUCUUCAGUCGCUAAAAAGCAACGCCAAAAAAGUGGUAAAAUUGGAAAAGGAAAACAGUGAAAUAUUAAAGUUGAACAAUUACAUGUAACCAGAAAUAAAACUACACUUUUACUACGCACUAA